AGCUCCAUCACUCUUCUCUCAUUCACUCUCACUCACUCCUCUCUCUCAUUCACUCUCUCCCCUCGCUCGCUCUGCUCUCCAAUUCACUCUCACCUCCAGCUCCAUCACCUGCAGUUCCCUCACUUUCACCUCCAACUCAUCCCCCCGUCACACCAAUCUCCGCGCUCACCGCUCCGGCAGCGCAAUCCUCUGCACAGCGGCCUCGCGGUCUUCCCUGCCGAAGCCACCAAGAUGUCUCGCAGGCGCAAGAUCGACGACGACGAUGACGACGGAGCGAACCAGCACAAGCGGAGGCGGACCUCUGAGCCCAUGAAGAUCGAGGACCGGCUUGAGUCGCUCAUCUGCCGCGUCGGGGAGAAGAGCACCUCCUCUCUAGAGAGCAACCUGGAGGGUCUCGCGGGCGUGCUGGAGGCCGACCUGCCCAACUACAAGAGCAAAAUCCUGCGCAUCCUCACCGCUGUAGCUCGCCUGCUGCCUGAGAAGCUGACCAUCUACACCACGCUGUCGGGUCUCCUCAACGCUCGCAACUACAACUUUGGCGGGGAGCUGGUUGAGAGCCUGAUGCGGCAGCUGAAGGAGGCGCUGAAGGGAAACUACUACACGGAUUCUCUCUACAUCGUGCGCUUCCUGGCCGACCUGGUGAACUGCCACGUGAUCGCGGCGCCCUCCCUCGUCGCCAUGUUUGAGAACUUCGUGGCGGUCACGCAGGAGGAGGAGAUCCCCCAGGUGCGCUCCGACUGGUACGUGUACGCCGUGCUGUCCUCGCUGCCCUGGGUGGGAAAAGAGCUCUACGAGAAGAAAGACGUGGAGAUGGAGCGCAUCCUCACCCAGAUAGAGGCCUACAUUAAGAAGAGGAAGAAGCUGCAUAUGCCCAUGCUGCAGGUGUGGACGUCGGAUAAGCCUCACCCCCAGGAGGAGUACCUGGACUGCCUGUGGGCCCAGACGCAGAAGAUGCGCAGCGACCGCUGGCAGGAGCGCCACCUGCUGCGGCCGUACCUGGCGUUCGACAGCGUGCUGUGCGAGGCGCUGCAGCACAACCUGCCUCCCUUCACUCCGCCGCCGCACAGCCAGGACUCCGUCUACCCCAAGCCGCACGUCAUCUUCCGCCUCUUCGACUACACGGACGCUCCCGAGGGCCCCGUGAUGCCUGGCAGCCACGCCAUGGAGCGCUUCGUGAUCGAGGAGAACCUCCGCUGCAUCAUCAAGACGCACUGGAGGGAGCGCAAGACGUGUGCAGUCCAGCUGGUCAGCUACCUUGGAAGAACCAAAAUCCCGCUCAACUACAUGGUCAUCGAGGUGAUUUUCGGCGAGCUGUUCCAGCUGCCGUGCCCGCCGUGCAUCGAGGUGAUGUACACCGCCCUGCUCAUCGAGCUCUGCAAGCUGCAGCCCAGCUCACUGCCGCAAGUUCUGGCACAAACAGCAGAGAUGCUCUACAUGCGGCUGGAGAACAUGAACACCACCUGCAUCGACAGAUUCAUCAACUGGUUCUCUCACCACCUGAGCAAUUUUCAAUUCCGUUGGAGCUGGGAAGACUGGGCGGAUUGCCUGACUCUCGACCAGGGAGGACCGAAGCCCAAGUUUGUCCGGGAAGUUCUCGAAAAGUGUCUCAGGCUUUCCUACUUCCAGCGCAUUGUGGACAAUACCCCCGAGAGCUUUGCCGCUCUGCUGCCAGCCAACCCUGGGUGCAUCUACAAGUAUGCGGAUGAGUCUAAUAGCUCCCUGCCCGAGUACCAGAUGGCCGGCGUCCUGGUGGAGGCCUUCAAGAGCAAGAAGUCUCACGAUGAGAUCCUCAACAUCCUCAAGGAUGUGCCCAACCCCAACCAGGAGGAGGAUGACGAAGAGGGCUCCUUCAACCCCCUCAAGACGGAGCUCUUCGUGCAGAGCCUCUUGUCCCUGGCGUCCAAGUCGUUCAGUCAUUCCUUCAGCGCACUUGCCAAGUUUCAUGAAAUUUUCAAGCUUCUCGCCGACACGGAUGAAGGAAAAGUCCACAUUCUGAAGUCCAUGUAUGAUGUGUGGAGGAACCAUCCACAGAUGAUGUCGGUGCUCGUGGACAAGAUGAUUCGCAUGCGCAUCGUCGAUUGUGCCGCCGUCGCCAACUGGGUGUUCUCGGCCGACAUGGCGCAGGAGUUCACCAGGCUCUACGUCUGGGAGAUCAUCCAUUCGACGGUGCGGAAGAUGAACAAGCACGUGCAGAAGGUGCAGCGCGAGCUGGAGGAGGCCCGCGAUAAACUCGACCGCCACCUUAACCGGAUCGACAGCGACGAUGAGGACGAGCGGCCGGAAGACGCCUCCUCGCUUGAGGAGGCUGUGGAGCGGCUGCAGGAGAAGCUGGAGAUGGCUCAAAGCGAGCAGAAGAAUCUCUUCCUCGUCAUAUUUCAGCGGUUCAUCAUGAUCCUCACGGAGCACCUGGUACGCUGCGAGACCAGCGGCACGGAGCGCAGGACGCCCUGGUACAAGAACUGCAUCGAGCGUCUGCAGCAGAUCUUCCUCCAGCACCAGCACACGAUCCAGCUGUAUAUGGGGACCCUGGAGAACCUGCUGUUCACGAGCGAGCUGGACCCGCACAUCCUGGCCAUUUUCCAGCAGUUCUGCGCCCUCACGGCGUGACGUUCCGUCCCGCCGUCGCCGCCCGCGGGAACAGGAGGAACGCCGACGAGAGAAUCCUCGUGCCGGCCUCGCCACCGCCACUCGGCGAGGAAGCCGCGCCGCGCUUUUUACCCCAAACCGUCGGCAGUGGCGUCUCCGCGUGUUCACUCGCGCUAAACGUGCAACAAGUUGCUGGACAUUAGAUUCGAGGUUUAGGAAAAAUUAGAAGGCCCUUUUUGUUGCUGUGCUAUCGGUGUCGUCGCUGCCGCCACCACCCAGUUAGCUCAUUGUCCCUUCGUGGAUAUUGUUAGUCUGGUUUUGUUGGCAUGGACGUGAAUGUGAGCCCCGUAGACCCAACCGGGACGGUCUGGGAUCUUGCCACAGAGGCAGAUGUUAUGAGCAGGGUGACGAGUUUGCAGAUUAUUACUUCAUCUGGGUUUUUAUGCUGUGGAAAACAUGGUGUAUUAUCACGAGGAAUUACAUUAAUUGAAUGUCAAAGUGAAAAGACCGUUCUAAGUUAAUGUUUUUCAUUUCAUUGAUUGAAUGCGUGUCCCCAACAGUCGGGAGAGGCAAUGUAGCUUGGACCGAGUUUGUGUCGUCGCCUUUGGCUCUGCUGCACGUUUUGUAAGCAGCAUUGCCUUUAUUUCAUUGUCUGGUUUUUUGGCAAUAAAACCUCUGACAUUUUCUUCUGA